CAGAGCCAUUCCAAGACCCCCAACGUAUCUGGAGAGUCGAAGAAUUAGACCAAAAGCCCAUCCAGGCCAUCGAAAGCGAAAAGCAGCCAGCCCCGAAACACCGCCGAGAGGGCCAAAAACCACCCGUGGUUCCAUCAACCUGCCGUUUCGAUGAUAUGACCCUCCGCCUCGAUUUUUAACCAUACCCAACACCAAACCGUCCCUGUCGAACGCAGUCUUAAUUCCCUCCCUUUGCUUUCUGAGUCUUUCCCCGACUCUGAAGGCACUUCGGCUGGUCGAAGAUGGAAGAGCAGGUAAUAAAUGCCAUCCAAAUCGGCUGGGACGCUUCCUCAGACCAUGCCCUCAAGACACAAGCCUUCGAAUAUUUGAAUCAGCUCCGCACCGACCCCUCGGGAUGGCAGCUUUGUCUCCCCCUCGUUACAAAAACCCCUCAGAACUCGGAAGUCGUACGGCAUGUGGCUCUGGAAAUUGUCAACAGCGCCGCCCAGGGAGGUCUCAUUGAUCCGCAGGCUCUAGGUUAUGUCCGGGAUGGAUUGCUGGCCUAUCUCCGCCAGGUGUACGGCCAGGAAGCUGCCGCCCCCGACCCGGCCAACAUUCAGAAUAAGAUCGCCCAGACGAUUACCUUCCUCUUCUCGGCUCUCUAUGCCAGCGGCUGGGAAUCCUUUUUCGAUGACCUUCAGAGCCUGACCUACAAGUCCCCCGCUAGCACAACACGCGACAACCCGUUGGGCAUCAUUUUCUACCUCCGAGUCAUUAACUCUAUUCACGAUGAGAUUGGUGAUGUGCUUGUAUCACGAUCCCGCACGGAACAAGACAGGGCGAACUUGCUGAAGGAUUUGAUUCGACAGAGGGAUAUGCAGAAGAUCGCCACUUCCUGGCAAGAGAUCCUGUCCGCGUGGCAGGAUGGAAACGACACAAUCGUGCAGAUGGCGCUGAAGGCGGUCGGUAGCUGGGUCAGCUGGAUUGAUAUCGGUCUCGUGGUGAACCAGACCAUGCUUGACCUUUUGUUCCAGCAGCUUGGACGAGCACAGAAGCCGGAAAUGAGAGAGGGAGAAGACAAGAUUCGAGAUGCGGCCAUUGACGUUUUUACAGAGAUUAUCGCCAAAAAGAUGAAGCCGGAGGAUAAGAUUGACAUGAUUCUCUUCCUUAACCUCGACACCAUCGUUACCCAGCUUUCGAACAGCCCUCCUCUCCGUGACAACCGGUUUACCUCCAUGUACGAUACGGAUUUGGCGGAAACGGUUGCGAAACUCGUCAACGGCACCGUCAUUGAUAUUUCGAGGGCGUUGGAAGCGGACACCGUCACUCCCGACUGCAAGGAAAAGGCAACCGGUCUACUUCAGGUGUUCCUCCCCCAUAUCCUACGAUUCUUCUCCGAUGAGUACGAUGAGGUGUGCUCGACCGUCAUCCCAUGUGUGAACGAUCUGCUGUCCUACUGUCGAAAGAUCGCCAAGACAAACCCGGUGCUCGCUGCCCAGCACUCCGAGAUCUUGCUUCCCAUCCUGAAGGCGAUCAUUGCGAAGAUGCGCUACGAUGACACUUCUUCCUGGGGAGACGAGGAUGAGCAGACAGACGAGGCUGAGUUCCAGGAGCUCCGGAAGAGAUUGGGUGUUCUACAGCAAAUCAUUGCUUCGGUCAACGAACAGCUUUAUAUGGAUGCGAUCUCGGAGCUGGUGGGAACGACGUUUGAGAAUCUGCGGCAGUCUGGAGGCCAACUGGAUUGGCGUGACUUGGACCUCGCCUUGCAUGAGAUGUUCUUAUUCGGCGACCUUGCUGUCAAGGGUGGUGGUCUGUACAACAAAAACAGUCCCAACAACCCCGCCUCGGAGCGACUUAUCGCUAUGAUGCAGAGGAUGGUUGAGUCUGAUAUCAGGUCUUUCACCCACCCUGCAACACAAUUGCAGUACAUGGAAAUCUGCGUGCGUUACAGCGCAUUUUUCCAGCAUAACACCCACCUUAUUCCCGGUGUUUUGGAAAGCUUCCUGCAACUCGUACACCACCCCGUUAAGAAGGUCAAGACCCGGUCGUGGUACUUGUUCCAACGCUUGGUGAAGCAUUUGCGAACGCAGAUCGGCAAUGUUGCGCAAACGGUUGUGGAGGCUCUGGGCGACCUGCUGGUUAUACAGGCCGAGGUUCCUUCCGAAGGGGAAGAUGGAGAUGAGAUGUCCUCGGAGGAUCACGAAGGAUCAGCCGAUGCUGUUUUCAACUGCCAGCUCUAUUUGUUCGAGGCAGUUGGCAUCAUUUGCUCCACCCCGACUGUCCCAGCUGACAAGCAGGUUGUCUACUCGCAGAUGAUCCUGAACCCCAUCUUCCUCGACAUGGAAAGGAAUCUCACUGCGGCCAAGGCCAACGACGAGCGUGCCUUGCUGCAAAUCCACCAUGACAUCAUGGCUCUUGGUACACUUGCCAGAGGCUUCUCGGACUGGAUGCCCGGAACAAGCUCUCCCGCAAAUCUGCCGCCAGCUGUAGUGUCUGAAGGCUUCUGCCAAGUAUCUGAAGCUACGCUUGUUUCCCUCGACUCGCUCAAGGGGUCAUUCAUGAUCAGAACCGCUGCUCGAUCUGCCUUCGCGAGACUUAUCGGCGUUGUGGGUCCCCGAAUCCUUCCUCAGUUGCCCACCUGGAUCGAUGGUCUUCUUACUCAGACUUCGUCACGAGACGAGAUUGCUCUUUUCCUGCGUCUCUUGGAUCAAGUGAUUUUCGGAUUCAAGACUGAAAUCUACACCAUCCUCGACACCCUUCUCACACCUUUCCUGCAGCGAGUUUUCGCCAGCAUUGCAGACCCUACCACGGGCACGGACGAUGAAAUUCAGCUGGCGGAAUUGAAGCGGGAGUACCUCAAUUUCCUGCUUGCUGUGAUGAACAAUGAAUUGGGGACUGUCAUCAUCAGCGAAAGAAACCAACCUAUCUUUGAAACCGUUAUCACUACGAUUGAACACUUCUCAAAGGAUGUUGAGGACUUUACUACUGCCAAGAUGGCCUUUUCGGUUCUUUGCCGAAUGGCCAGCUUCUGGGGUGGGCCCGAUGUCGCACCAGCUGAGGCCAACGGUGCGCAGCCGCAGGCAUCCCUUCCUGGCUUUGGCCAGUUUAUGAUCACCCGAUUCUCGCCUUUGUGUUGGGCGCUUCCUGCUACGCCAUCCUUCAACCCCAAGGACGCAAUGGCCAAGCAGGUCCUUGCUGAAGCUGGAUCUUUGCAGCGGAUUAUCUACUCGAAGACGGGAAUGGAGUAUGCUCAAUACCUCCGCGACCGCGAAUUACCUUCUAUGGGCAUGGGAACGGAAUUGAUUGAAGAGUUUUUGAAUGCUUUGAGCCGGCUGGACCUGAAGGGUUUCCGGCAGUUUUUCCCAUCUUUCAUCCAACGAUUGAGCGCAUGAAGCGACGAAUUACGCUCAAUGUGAUUAUUUGAUGUUUUUAAUGUUUCGA